AUGGCUCCAUUUGAGAACUUGUAUGGUCGACGAUAUCAAUCCCCCAUCGGUUGGUGUGAGGCCGGUGAGGCUAGGUUAUAUGGCACUAAUUUGGUAAGGGAUGCCUUAGAUAAGGUAAAGUUUAUUCAAGAGCGAAUUUGCACAGCACAGUCUAGGCAAAUGAGUUAUGCGGAUAAGAAAGCGUGUGAUUUGUCAUUUGUGGUAGGCGAGAAUGUACUUUUGAAAGUCUUGCCGAUGAACGGUAUCAUGAGGUUCGGAAAGAGGGGCAAGUUGAUUCUAAGGUUCAUUAGUCCAUUCGAGGUUUUGGAGCGAGUUGGUGAGGUUGCGUACAAGCUUGCUUUACCUCCUAGUCUAUCCGAAGUUCAUCAAGUAUUCUACGUAUCUAUGCACUGGAGGUACCAUGCUGACAGGUCCCAUAUGUUGGAUUACAACACAAUUCAGCUAGAUGAGCGCUUAGCUUAUGAGGAAAAGCCAGUUGUCAUUGUUGAUAGGAAGGUUUGCAAGUUGAGGUCUAAGAAGAUUUCAGCCCUGAAGGUCCAGUAG